AAGAUUUGAAUAGUGACCCUCCUGUGGGAGGUCGACUGAGGCUUUUCUACCAUAAAUGGCGUGAUAUUACAUCAGAUCCCUUUAUCUUAGAGGCGGUCAGAGGUUACAAAAUUGAAUUCAAUCAGGUUACACAAACCCUGCAGGGGACUAAACCUUUUAUCCUUCAUAAAAGGAAUAAAUCAGAAACCGAGAUCAUUAGUAAGGAAAUAGCUAAACUUCUCGAUAAAGAAGUGAUUGAACCAUGUGCCCGACAGCAGGGUGAUUUCUUAUCUAACGUUUUCACUGUACCAAAGAAAAAUGGUAGUAUGCGUUUGAUCCUCGAUCUUUCAAGAUUGAAUCUGAAUCUUAUGACCCAACAUUUCAAAAUGGAUAGCAUACAUACAGCAACUUAUUUGCUGACCCAGAAUUGUUAUUUAGCCUCAGUCGAUCUACAGGAUGCUUACUAUUCGGUCCCAAUCAGCAAGAACUCCAGGAAAUUCUUGAGAUUCAUAUGGCAAGACAAAUGCUGGCAAUUUAAAGCUUUACCUAAUGGUUUGAGCACGGCACCAAGGCUAUUCACUAAGAUUUUGAAACCAGUGUUUGCCCAUUUACGACAAUUGGGACAUACAGUUAUUGGUUAUCUGGAUGAUACAUUAAUUGUGGGUGAAUCUAAGAGACAGGUAGAAUUGGCAGUUCGUAAUACUACAGAAAUUCUCAGUGAAUUGGGGUUCAAAGUUCAUCCUGAUAAAUCAGUGCUGGAGCCUCAGCAAGAGCUCCGAUUUCUCGGGUUCAUUCUGAAUACUAGUAAUAUGACAAUUGGCCUACCAGAGGAGAAGAUCCAAGACAUAUCUGGGAUCUGUCGGGACUUAUUACACAUGAAAUCCCCGUCUAUCAGACAUGUAGCUCGAGUCAUAGGGAAACUCGUAGCCACUUUUCCAGCGGUUCAAUUUGGUCCCUUGUUUUACCGCAGUCUAGAGAAAGACAAAACAGUAGCCCUGAAGGUAAACAAGGGACACUUUGAUAGACAUAUGAACCUCUCUGACGAAUCAAAACUUGAACUGUUAUGGUGGACCAAAUUAUCUAGUAGGGCCCCAUCACCCAUUAGAAGAGAAAGUCCUACCCUUGAAAUCCGUACGGAUGCGAGCGGAGCUGGAUGGGGGGCAACCAACAUGCAAGUUGAAACAGGGGGUAGAUGGAAUGAGAGUGAAUUGGUCAGAGCAAAGAACAACGAAAUAAACUAUCUGGAAACUUUGGCAGUAGGAUUAGGUUUGAAGUCGUUCUGCUCUGACUUACGUGAUGCCCACGUGCUUGUCAGAUCAGACAACGUUACAGCUGUCACUUACUUGAAUUGUAUGGGCGGCUCCAAAUCACUUGCCUGUAACAAAGUAGCACACGAGAUAUGGGAAUGGUGCAUUGACAGAGACAUUUGGAUUAGUGUAGCCCACUUACCAGGCCGAGAAAAUACAGAAGCUGAUCGAAAGUCACGCAAAUUUAAUGACAGAACCGAAUGGAUGCUUAAUAGAGAAGAUUUCCAUAAGGUAGUUUCCUUUUUUGGACUGCCUGAGAUUGACCUGUUUGCAUCUAGAUUAAAUGCACAGUUGAGUAGGUAUGUCUCUUGGCUACCAGACCCUAACGCAGAAUCAGUGGAUGCUUUCUCACUGAACUGGCGAGAAUUCAAUUUCUAUGCAUUUCCCCCCUUCUGCCUCAUACCCAAAUGCCUCCAAAAGAUUAGAAUGGAUAAGGCACAAGGACUGCUGGUUGUCCCAAAUUGGCCAACUCAAGCAUGGUUCCCUUGCAUUAAGGCGAUGAUGAAAGGGGAACACUACUAUUAAAGAGAAAGGUCAGCCUUCUCACUCAACCUGUUUCUAAUGUACCGCACCCCUUACAUGAACGUCUUGAUCUU